AACUAGAAUUAGAACUAGACGCGAUCCUCCAUGUGGAGGAAACGACACUUCAUAUUGGACAGUCUGAUCUGAGUGGGUCGCUGCUGAUGGCAGAUACAAAUAUGCUAUUGCGGUCUCACAUUGGAAAGCUAGAAGGUCGUAUUGCAGAACUAGAGGCACAGGCACUCUCAGAAGAAGAUGAAGCACUUCUUACGCACUCUAUAAGCACUGCGCAGGCUUCCGUCGCCCAGUUAUGCCAGCAGGAUGACAGCAUCAAUGCUCUACUUACUGCUUCGCUCCUAAAAUAUCCGGAGCUGUUGGAGGUCGCAUCGAAGCAACAGGCGGGUCUUGAUACCGAGGAAACGGCGGAAACCAAGCUCAACGUUGUGACUGCCCAGCGCCCAGCAAUCUACUCACUGCAAGACAACUUAUCGCAAGUCAUCAAGCUCACCUCCUUGAUGCCGACUUUACAGCAAUCGCAAGCGCUAGUAAGCCAAGGCCCAAAAUUGGAAGCUUUACAGAAACAAGCCGCAGCGCAACAGGCGCAAGUCGAAGAGCUGGCUGCACAGACAGAGGAACUGCUCAUGUCUUGGUAUGCAGAAGACUUGCGAGCCGCAAAUCAAAUGCUCAGCCAUCUUGGUCUCGAGAGACUCGCUGCUGAGAUUGCUGGUCUGCGUGAAAGGCCAAAGCUCAGCUACUGAUGAUCACAACGUCUACCGCACAAAGGAAUUCCUACAAAAAGGGGCACAAACCCCCUACAUACGCGAUCGUCGCUAUUCGCUCGCUACAAGAUCCACUUUUCAUUUUUUUUUCAUUGACUUUGAGGAGCUCAGGUGCUUAGAUGGCCGAUGCUGUGUCUUGUCGGUCCACGAACAAUUGCACUUCAGAUGAGACGACUAACAAACUUGAGUCUGGACGCAAGUCACAGAGAACGCUUGCCUCGUUAUCAGAGCUCUAGGAUUCGAAAGCAGAGGGAAGGAACAAAACGCAGAACAAGACGAGAAGGAACUUUGUGCAAUGCUUGUGUCAUAUUUUCGCAUUUGUCGUACAUUCAUUUUUUUUUUGUCGUUUUAUGAUUGAAAUCAUGGUGUUGUGUGUGCCAUGAUCUUCA